AUGCACGAAUUUCCUGUAUCGCUUGUACGGUCGUUGAUUUUUGAGCAAUUGACGAUGUCAGUGUGUGAUGCUGGUAUACGUGACUCUUUGUAUCUGUUUGAAUAUGUCAACGACAUGAUUGAGAAAUCUACAAACAAGGCCGAGAUGAUCAAGGUGUUUCAAGAAUAUGGAAUUGUAAAGCAGCUCAUCACUAUUUAUUCACGUAGAGAUGUAAAUCUGUAUGAUUAUGGUAGUAACACUAGUAUUGUAAACCUACUCAAAACACUUGUUGAUUUUGCCGACAAUCAUUCCGACAGUUCAAUACGUACCGAGUUGGAUCAAGGCGAGAUGUUUGAAAAUCUAAUGUUUAUUGUAAAAUCGAAUACUACUAAUCACACAAACAAAAGGGUUGCUGGCCAGAUCAUUGAAACGUGUUUCCAGCAUCGGGUUCACGUUGCUAGUUCAAGUAUUCAGCUAUACAAGGACAAUGCCGAAAUUGAUAUGAAGUCUGGAAUGGCCGGAUAUAAACAUGGAAAUGCACGCACACUUGCUCAAAUGCGGUAUGUCCGGUAUCUGCAAUCUAUACUUUGCAAACCCAUGUGGUGGAUCGAUAUCACAAACCAGCAUAUUGUGGAGCAAUGGAGGGCUGACUCACUCGGUCAGAAUAUAUCACCAUCAACAUUUAAUCUUGCAUUGGAACAACUCGGUGUUUUUGUCAAACAGCUUGUUUGUAGUGGCAGUGAUGGAUUUGGCACGAUUGUCCCAGGACCUGUUGAACUGACGUAUAUACUGGACAAUGGCAUACCUGACAAUGUAUACACGCGAUUGAUGACAAAUGUAUCGGAUAUUGAACAUGGAUCAAAUCACAACACUGGUCAAAUGGUGCACAAUCUGAUUGAUGCAUCAAUGUACAGUGUUGUAUAUGGACAAACGAUGAUUGCACCACUGAGUAUACGACUCAAAUACACCACAAUGGUACCAUGCGAUAUAUUGCUAUCGACUCGACUUGUUUCAGAUACGCCCAUCAUUGACAGCAGUCCCAAGUUUAUAUCAUGCAAGUUCCAAUGUCUUCCGAGUGAAUUCCGUGUCGAACAGGAUGGCAGUGUGACCAUCAACUCAUACAUCAACAAUCUGAAUCCGAUAUGGCAUCGAGACAUGUACAAAUGUAUUGCCAAAAUAUUCAAAUGUUUUGUCCCAAUGUUUGAAAGUCUGUUCAGAACGAUGGAUCCAAUGUUCAAGUAUAUUGAUAUUCACAAUGACAUACAGGGAUAUAAACCACCAAACCGAUCAAAUUAUGAUGAUGUGGAGUCAGAGUCAGACCAUGAUGAUAUGGAACUGGAUACUCAAGUCAUUCGUCCCGUGUAUGUACCAACACUUCCGGAACAUUUUGAAUCCAGUUAUGAAUUAGCAAAGCCAGUGUCACUGCGUGGUCGUAAUCUACAAGUCAUUGUCAAACUCACCAACAUUCAACUGACACCAUCCAAACCUAAAUACGACGAGGGAAACUGGCACAAUGAAUGUCCAAUUAACGAAUCGAUUGUUGCAGUUGGACUGUAUUACUACGACGUGGAAAAUAUCACCACACCCAAACUCGAUUACCGCGUGGCUGUUGAUCGUUUUGGAUAUGGAGCGGCAUCUAAUAUGUAUUGGAAAGAUGUGUACGGCAUUAUUAAUCGAAAAUCGCUACAGAAUCAGUAUAUAGGAUCGCUUGAAGUAUCAAAUGGUCGAUGUGCAGUUUAUCCCAAUCGAUACCAACACAAAGAACAAUCAUUUGAACUUGCAGAUCCAACUCAACCAGGACAUUGCAAGAUUCUGACAUUUUUUGUAGUAAAUCCAUCUUGUCGGAUUGUUUCGACUGCGCAUGUGGCUCCACAACAACCACAAUGGUACAACUCGAGUCUUGACAAGGCACACGUACCGCCUGAACUGUGGAAUGAUAUCACGCAGUAUAUUCAAGGUGUUCAAUCACCAACUGAAGCCAAACACUAUCGAGAUGAAUUGACAAGCGACCGAAUUCAAAUCACAGCGGCAUACAACAAAGACAUAUAUGAGCGGGUGUAUAAUCUUGAUCGUUGGUGA